ACAGGCUGAAGUUUGACAGUACCCUAAUUGUUUUGUACUCAAUUUGAUUAGUACCUAUUUACUGCGUUUACUCAUUGUACUCUAUGCGUGUAUCAAGUAUAAGAAGAUUAUGUUUAUGAAAUUACAUGUCCCGUCUUCUUUCCGAAAUCUAUACAUAAUUAAACAAAGCUGAAAGUGUUGAAUGAAAUUAUUUAUUUGUUUCGUGAACAGUAUGUUCAUUUAAUUUAUUAAAAUAUUGUUGUAAACAUAAACACUCCUCCAGAAAUUGAUGUUAUGUAGUAGCGAUGGUUGUGAACACAACCAUUGAAAUGACUGAGUUCAUAUAUCAUGAACGACAGGUUAAGGAACUUUGUGCUUUGCACGCCCUAAAUAACUUGUUUCAAGAGAGGGGUUUCAGUAAACAAGAAUUGGACCAAAUUUGCUAUAGUUUAAGUCCUGACGUCUGGAUAAAUCCGCAUAAAUCUUUACUGGGGCUUGGAAAUUAUGACAUUAAUGUUAUUAUGGCAGCCUUGCAAAGAAGAGGUUGUGAAGCUGUUUGGUUUGACAAACGAAGAGAUCCAAAAUGUUUAUGUCUUGAAAAUAUUGAAGGCUUUAUAUUGAACGUUCCGACGGAAUAUAAAUUAGGGUUUGUGCUAUUGCCCCUAAAAAGACGUCAUUGGGUUGCCCUGCGAAAGAUUCAAGGUGCCUUCUACAAUUUGGAUUCCAAGCUGGAUUCUCCACAACUUAUUGGAAAGGAAAGUGAAUUAGUGGCUUACCUAAAAGACCAAAUAGAAAGUAAAGAAAAAGAAUUGUUCCUCGUAGUUUCAAGAGAAGUUGACAACAAUCAAGGCUGGUUAAAUUAUACGCGGGAAAAGAAGGAGGAAUGCUCUGACGCCGACUCUAACACAUACAUCGAAGAUGAUUUAAAGAAAUCAGUGCCUGACGACGUUUUAAAUGAAAAUGAACACUUUCAAAAUCACCAAAAUUCAAGAUAGUCAAUGUGAAUUAGUUUUCCUUAAAAUCACCCGUCAAAAAUGCAAAAACUUGUUUUCAUCAGCAAAAUAACGCCGACAAUAGAUGGACUGUCGUAUCAACAAAAACACCGAUGGAAAUAUUUUAAGAUAGUGUCUUACUCAUAUAUUGCUAUUUAUUUUAAGAAAAUAAAAGAGAGAAAGCAAGCUUUUUUAAUGGUGACCGCACAACAUAAGCGUGUUUUACUGCUUGCGGAUUAAAUUGAAACUCUCUCUUUUCGAGCGGCGUAAGCAGACGCAUAUAAAAUAUUGGACCUCGUAGUAGAACAGAGGGUUAGAGUAUUAGGUCCAAAAUUAUAUAGUAGGUAUCAAAUGCGGUUGAUUGCGCUGAAACGUAAAAAGAGAUCACGUUCAAUCCCACAGAAGAAGAACACGCUUCCCAUUUUGCGUAUCUCUACAAAAAAAAAUACAGUGCGGGCAAUAUUUUCGGAACCACUCGUUCGGGAAAUAUUUCCCUCGCCAUGAAAAGACGGUCUUCUCCUUGCUCCGUAACUCUAUGAAUGCACUCAUGUUAAAGUCAUGUUUUCACACUGAUGUUUGCUGUUACCUAAUUUUUACCACACUCGUAUGUAAAUUAAUUAAAAAUGGUAUUCGAGCCAUCACAGAAACGGAAACUGCAAGUUGAAUUCUAAAUAUGUGUACCGUGGACUCAAUGUGAAGUAGAAUCAUAAAAACUGAUAAUAUGGGUAGGUAAAACUGUCUGCAUAAAUUCUUAUUUAAAUUUAUGGGAAUCCAUAAGUAGAUUCAGCAAGAAAUAAUAGACAUGAAUGGCGGCAGUUUAUAAAUAGGAAAAAUGGUAUAAACACAUUUUUAAGGAACAUUGUCCAAAGAAAGUUUGCCGGCUCUCAAAAUUCCCAAAAUAAAAAUAAAAACUUAAUAAAUUAUG